AUGUUUUUGAAUAAAAGAGACAAUCAAAACAACAGACAUUCAAGUGCAUCAAGAUCUUACAAUUUGCUUUCAGGUCUUCUUAAUGGUGCCGGAAUGUCAUCGGGGCGAGAUGACUGCCCUGUCUAUUACCGGGAGAUACAGAAGAACGCAUAUCUCAAAAGAUUACCGGAUGAUUUCAGUAGUGGGAAGCUGCGGCCGUUGGUGCAUAAGAAGCCCCCUCUCAAACCAAUGUGGACACUCUUCUGUGUCCACAAUGGAAAGACACCAUACCUCGAACAGUACCCGCAACAGGACUGCGCGGCGACGCACGCGCAUCGACCAAUAUGGCGCGCAUGCCUCAAGUCGACGAGGCACGUGACAGCUAGUGUUAAGCCGGUUUCAGGGCAGGAGUAUGACUUUUUAAUCGACACUGAUGGAGGUCCUGUUAGGAUGUUAGCCCCGGAUUGGGACGCGAUGCAAGACUGGGUGACAACUCUACGCAAUAAGCUACACGAAUUACGCAUUUUGUCCCGAGGGGAGAACGUGUACGGUGCGCCCCCCGUUGCUCCAAUGCCGCGAGCUGCAGCUAGGGACCCUAUGUCACCCUUGCCCCCGACUCCGGCUGUCCCGUUAGAUAGGGUGCCCGGAAUAGAAUUAGGUCCAAAUAUCCGUCCAGUUACUGAAAGUAGCACAGAUAACUCUAAUACUAGCUCCUACGCUACAAACACAACUAACAGCGACGCAAACGACAGAAGCGUCACGACGACUAACAUCAAUGCGACAAUCGUGUCCACUGUCGACACAAACGUCAAUGUCAUUAAUGACACGAAUUUCACUCUGGAUAGCGACGCAAAUGGAAGAAGCGGGAACCCGGUAGCGACUGUAAGAAACUUUGAUAUCAAUACGAACGUGGAUAGUGACGCGUCUCUGACAAAUGUCAGAAACGCUCUUAACAGCAUUGUGACGUCUGACAUUGACAUAUCGAAUUGGGAUGCAACACCGAGCACGAGUCGAGAUGUCGUCGAGUCGAAGAAUAAUAAGAUCGAGUCGAGGGGUGUGGCUAAGAUCUGUGGCCAAAAUGUCUGUCUGGACGAUUCCAUUUUGAAGAGGUCGUCUCGGAAUAGCGACGAUGAUUUCUUCGCGGAGUUGGAUAGGAUAAGUGAUGGUGAUGAUUUCGGUUAUACGCAACGUUUGCGGAUUAAUGAUGAUCAAAAUUCGCAAAGUAUGGAUAGUCAACCACAGCGUUCGAACAUAACAGUGAUCCAAGUAUCGAAUAAGGGACCACCGCACACCGCAAUACCAGUUUUAGGCCCAGCAACAGACGUAUUCGACUUUAAUUUUAAACAAAAUCUCUCUAUCAAACCAGAAAAAAGCCCAGAUUUUAUAAAUAUAGUAAACACAGAACAUACACACGACUACGGAACUGUAUUCGACAAAUCAGACUCAGAAUACGGUCAUAUAAGCCUGACGACAACUGUCAGUGUCACCCGAAGCGAUCCGAACGCGAAAACGAUCUCUGUAAACUGUCAAAUGCAAAAUGGCAGUGACAACAGAAAUGCUGUCAAAGUGACAAAUGACAGCGUGUAUGAGCGGUUGUGCAUGGCGUCAACGUCAAACGCCUCACCUUUGCCGCUGAGACGUAUACAGAACGUAGAUAGAGUAAGAAAAUCUUCCUUACCAAAUCUGGACGUCUCUGAAGCAACGUACGAGUGCUUAUUCCCUAGUCAGAAUGAUGAUUCGGACGAUGUCGAAGUGAACCCGAUGUCCAUUCCCAAUACGCACGUUUCGAAUAAUCGUAAUAAUUCUAUAUCUGUAGUUCCAAAUUCGAAUGUGAUCAACAGAAUUCCAAAUUCAAAUCACAAUUCUAUUGUUUCCAGUUCCAUUCCGAAUUCAAUAAAUUCAAGUGUUCUAAAUUCCAUUUCGAAUUCAAACUUCAUUCAAACGAAUUCGGUAGCAUCUAUUGAUUAUGUCAGUGCAUCUAGACCGAUAAGAAGUUUACGGUCUACCAUAGAGAGGUCUCACAGCCAGAAUGCAUACGACAGCGCGCCUGGUGUUAGAGAGAGACGGAGAUUGCUUAAUAACAGUCCUAAGAGGGAGACAAAACAGGAGAAAUCAGAAACGCAACACCAAAAACCAAUAUGGCGGCGCGGGUUGACGGAGCUGUCAUUGUUGACAAGAUUGAGGAGCAUCGGACUGAAACGUCAAGAUAGUCCGACUAGGCAGGAUACAGAUAGUGAUAGGUCUGUGACGUCACCAGUGAAAGUAGUCCACCGGUCAAGAGGAGAGACAAGAGUAGAUAGCAGUAGAAGAAGAAGUAGUUCGCUCAGCAAUGGUCACUCGCCCCGCGUUCCCCAGUCGCCCCCCGCGCUAUUGUCUCUGCGCGCGCGCCAAGCGGCCGCUCUCUUGGCCGAGCAACGCCGCGGCGCAUGCGUAGCUACCACGAUUCCCACUAGAGAGCCACCAGUAUUCUGCGAUUACGAGAAACAAAUUUGGGUGGCGCGAUGGGGCGGCGCAGGCGCACGGUGUGGUGGUCGCGUGGGAGAUAGAGUUGCAGCCGUGGGCGGCACUCAGCCUUCCUCUGCUCAGACGGCCAGACAGCUUAUCAAAGCUUCGCAUAGACAUAUGGUCGAUGUGCUGUUUCAUCGGGUGCCAUUGGGAAAGAUAUAUGUUAUCACUAAGAAGGACCACGAGAGCUUAGGAAUUAAACUGGACAGCGAAUGCACGAUACAAUCCGUGGACGCUGACAGUCCUGCGGCCCGCGUCGGGCUUCCGCCGGGCAAGUGGGCUGUGACCGAAGUCAAUAAUCGACCCGUCAACUUACUGAAGGGCGGAGAGGAAGAAAUGAACAGAUUGAGCGCAAGGGGCACGGAAGUGUCAAUUCUAAUUCAGCCGACAGCUUUAGUCAAGAAAUUGCGAGCAGCUAUCAAGGGAAGACCGCUUUUGGCGAUAAGAUAA